AUGACUACUACAGCUUCUCCUUCCGAUUUCCACAUAGACAUGCAUCAACUUUCUUCUUCUAGCUCAAAUAGUCAUAAUAACAUCAACUCUGACAAUAAAGACAUUGAUGAUAAUAAUAAUAAUAAUAAUAAUGAAGAUAAAGAAAAAGUACAUGAACGAAAAGAAAACAAAAACGAUGACCCAAACCUUUCAUCAAAUUCAUUGACAAAUAAUAAUGCCUCAGAUACGAGUGAUAUCCAAAAAUUGAGAGAUUUCCCUAAAAGUCAAAAUAGACCUUUGUCUGCUCAUUUAACCAUUCAUUAUCAAAUAGAUAACGAUAAUGAUCAUGAAGAUGAUCAACAAAAAGAAGAUCAAGAAAGUCCUCGUUCUAAUUCAUAUUCUGAUUCAAUAUCUUCAAAUAAUUCAAAUCAAGAUCAAAACAGAGAUCAAGAUCAAGAUCAAGAUGAAGACCAAAGAAGUACAGGCACAGUAAAUACUGAAAAUUUACUUCAAAAUAAAGAUCAUGAAAUUAAAAAGGUUCCGGACUAUUUAAACCUUCGUAAACAAGAACAGGGAUAUCAAUACGAAUUCAAAGAUCAGAAUCAAAAUCAAAAUCAAAAUCAAAAUCAAAAUCAAAAGAAGGAACAAAGAACAACUAUUAGAACAAUUUUAAAUAUUGAAGCAGAAGAUAACGCAGACGAAAGAAUGUUGGUUGGAACUCCCACUACUUUUGAAACAGAACAAGAACAAGAACAAGAACGUGCAGAAACAAUCACAAAUACAGCUAAUAAUGAAAAUAAAAAUGGUCCUUUAUCUUAUAAUCUUGGAUCUAAUCCAUUACCACCACCAUUAUCACCAUCUGUUUCUGUGAAAUCAUCAUUAAAUGAUUCAGAUUUUGAAAUCGAUAUUCCAAAAACCAUACGAAAAAAAAUGAAACAAAACCAAUCUUGCCUCAUCCAACUACCUUACUUAAUCAAUUCGAAUUUGAUCAAUAUAUCAAGAACGCUAACAGAAAGAAUAUAUCUGAAACACAAAGGAACAAAAAAAAUGAUGAUGAUGACGACGACGACGACAAACUCAACAAGAUUAUCAAGCUAUAUGAACAUUUAUGAUUUCUAUCAAUGUGUUCCAUCUUCAAAUAAUAAUAAAAUAAGAAUAAUACCAAUCCUUUCCAACAAUUACCAUUCAAAAAAUAGAAAUAGUCAGUUCAUUGUAAGAAGGUUUAGUGAAUCUGAAAUUCCAAAUUUCUUCACAAGAAAAAAAGAUAUUGAGACUAAUCUUGAUACUUUGAAAACAACUACAAUAGCAACAGCAACAGAACCUGCCACCACCACCACCACCGCUGACUCUACGACAACUCCUAAGGCUAUUCCUAAAUCUGCUAAUGGUAUCGAUGAACAGAAGAAAGAUAGAGAAUCACAAAGUUAUGAAACGAAUUUGACAAAGGAUUUAUUGAGAGAAAAUGAUGAUAAACUUCAACAAAGAAAAAGGGGAAAAGAAAACCCUUUCAAUUUCCAAUAUAAUUAUAACUAUAGUAAUGAUACUACUCAUAAUUUCUAUCCUGAAUCAAGUUCAAAACCAAGAUCUAUCCAAACAAAUGAUAACAUUAUAAAUCCUGAUUUGAAGAACAAAAAAAAUUCAAAUAAAAUGUUAAAAAUCAAUUCUAUAUCAUCUCUAUCUUCCGCCUCAUCUGCUUCUUCCACUUCUUCAAUUGAUACAAACCAAUCUUCCGCCACUUAUACUUCUACGUCAACGAUGAAAUCAAACCAAUAUUCAAGUUUUAAUUUAAAUUCAACAUCAAGAAGACCUUCUACCACACCUCAUCGUCAAAGAAAUUAUUCAGCAUCAGUAGAUAUUUCAAACCCUUGUUCAAGACAUCAUCAUAGAAGAAAUUCAAUUGCUUUGAAAUUCGAUAAACCUCGUUAUAAAAAUAUUAAAUCAUCUACUACAACUCAAGAAUAA